AUGGGUUGUCAGGUGGCUGAAGCUUUGCCGGUUCAGUCUCAGGCCGACGUCAUGCAGAGGGAGUUGGAUAGCUGCUUGAGUUUAGAGUACACUCCUGACAGUCUGCCUCCACUUCUCCACCAGUUCUACACCGACAGAUCGUAUCAUCUGGCUCAGAUUAAAUAUCUGCUCAUGCUGAGAUGGAGGAGAUUCUGCCGCCACACCAGCGUCAUUGAGAAGCUUUAUCCUCAUUACAAGGAUCAGAUGUCAUGUUUGACGAGUGAGUACGAGGACGCCGUUCAGAGAGCUCGCAGACUGUCAGCGAGCAGAGAGAAGAUCCUCACCGGCCGAGGAAACCUCAACAACCUGCUGACGGAGGACGAUGUGGCCAUUUACCUUCGGUGGCUGAUCUGCCAUCUACACUCUGUUCAGACCAUUCACAACUUCCUCAGGUUUUUGGGUGAUGAUGACACAAGAGGAAAAGGUCAGGGGGGUCACAAGGGACUGGCUGAUACUGUUGCUCUGCACACUGUUCACCUGGAGGAGUUUCUACCUGAGCUGCAGUCUUUGAUCGCUCACUUCCACCUGUCUUACGACACUCGUAAACUCCGGACCACCGCAGACGAGAUGGAACUAUUUAGCGAGGUGUGGAGGGAGUUCAGAAUGAUUUUUGGAGAGCAGGAGCAGAUGAGGACGUUUCCUCAGUACGAAGGUUCAGAGGUCAGACGGAGCCAGUGGGGGAGGAAGAGUGGGAGGACGGCUUUGAGGAAGGAGGCCGACUGGAUCCCCUUCAUUCAGGUGAAGCCCAGACGGGAUCCGUGGCAGCAGAAGCAAAUCACAAAGCUCAAGGAGAAGAAAUCCGUUGACGAGCUGCUGAAGAUGCACAGCAGGUUUCUUAAGGUCCCUGAUCUGCUCCGUGUGGCCACGGCUUUAAAAGAUCACGCCGCUCAUGUUGACGACUUAAAAUCAUCACCGACCUCAUCCGUCUCACGGAGCAGUGAGACGAAACGACAAAAGAUCUCAGAGAUCUGGACGAGUAUUUACAGCACUGUCUCUCUCACUCAGGCAUGUAUCAUCCACUGUUCUGCUUAA